CACUCAGCUGUCAACAGUCCACUCCACUGCUCGUUCAGGGAGAUAAGGUUAUCGGUCGUCGUUCAGAUAUCUUUGAAUAAAAAAAAAAAUUAUAAUAAUAAAAUAAAACAUACCGUUAUUUCUCUACAAUUGUGCAGAAUGCGAUGAGAACACAACAGAAGACGUUGUGAUAUUUAGUGUUUGAAAAAAAAAAAGAGAACCUCGACCAGUGCGCCUCUAUUGCAGGCCAUCUGAAAAAACCACAACAAUAGAGAUAUGAUGCCGGGCUUGAGCGUCGUAUGCAGCGCCGUUAUUGUCCUGUUCGGAGCGGUUUGCAGCGUUUUCAUAUUCUGUGAGUAUCUGAUUUAUUACGCAGCGAUAUUACAGUGUGGUUGGCCAGGGAUCGACCAUGGUGCGCCGGCGGCUGAGAAAAGCGCAGACGGGCAGCCAAAUGCGGAGGUUCUCCGCGCUAUGGUGCUUUCAGACACGCACCUCCUCGGCGCAGUCGGUGGGCACUGGUUCGACAAACUGCGAAGAUGAGUUCGUCAACAAUCACAACAGAGCGGGUAAUGCAUGGUGCACUGAGCUGAGUCGGUCUGUCUCUGUGCCACCCAGAGAAUGGCAGAUGGAACGGGCUUUCCAGACCGCACUAGCCCUGCUCCGACCCGAGGUCGUUUUUAUUCUGGGAGACGUGUUUGAUGAGGGGAAGUGGAGCUCUCCAAAGAACUGGGAUGAUGAUGUUUGCCGUUUCCAGAAGAUGUUCAGGCACUCCAGUGACACAGAACUGGUGGUUCUGGUUGGAAACCAUGACAUCGGCUUCCACUACGAAAUGGAUUGGUUCAAGUUACAGCGCUUUGAGAAGGCCUUCAAUACCACCUCCACCAGAAUGGUCACCAAGAAAGGAGUGAACUUCCUAUUGGUUAACAGCGUGGCGUUGCAUGGCGACGGCUGUCCUAUCUGCCAAUCAGUGGAGAAACAGCUGUACACACUGUCCAGGAACCUCAACUGUUCAUUAGAGAAUUCCCAGUCCAGUAUUAUUAAUGAAUUCUGCCGAGAUGCAUGGACCUAUCCUCCUACACCACCUAUUAUCCUGCAGCAUUACCCUCUGUACCGGGAGAGUGAUGCAGGCUGUACGGGUCGGGACGCUGCUCCUCCUGAAGAGCGCCACCUGCUGUUCAGAGAGAAGUACGACGUGCUGUCUCAGGAGGCCUCUCACAGGCUGUUGCAAUGGUUUAAGCCCCGCCUGGUUCUCAGUGGCCACACCCACAGCGGCUGUCAGGUUCUCCAUGACAACCAAUACACAGAGAUCAGUGUUCCGUCCUUCAACUGGAGGAACCGCAACAACCCCAGUUUUAUCCUGGGUUCUUUCUCUCCAAGUGGUUACGGCCUGUCUAAGUGUUUCCUUCCAGAGGAGAGUACAGUGAUAGCCCUGUACUGUUCUACAGUAGCCAGCCUCCUCCUCCUCCCUCUGGUCCACUGCCUGUGGAUAAGAGGUCUUCUCCGGUGCCUCGAUUUCUGUCCCAUCAGCAAACACAAGUCUCUCUGAUCGUCUCAGGUAGAGGUUGUCCCUGACUGCUGAAUGAUACAGGGUCAGAUACUGUACGCUGUCGUCCUUCUCAUGCAGAGAGGUGGCUAUGCUGUCG